UACCAAUCAUAAGCUCAAUGGUUGCAACAUUUUCCUUAACAAAAAUGUGGUACUCUUAAAGCAUCUUAGUUUAUAUUAGAUUCCACAACCCUCCUCUCUCUUCAUUCAUUCCAAUCCACCCUGAAGAUUGUGCUUCAGGUGGUCAAUUUUAGAGAAUAUGGGUUCACUAGAAAGAUCAAAGAAGAAGGUUCUUCUAUGGAAGAAGGCCAUGCUCCAUUUUUCCCUAUGUUUUGUGAUGGGUUUUUUCACAGGCUUAGCUCCAACAGGUAAAUCUUCUCUCUUUUCCACCAAAGUUGUUGUCUCAAAUAGGACAGAAUUUGCACCACAACCUAGUGAAAUGUCACACCUCGCCACAACAAAUGUCAAUACAAGUUGGAUUGCUCCAACGCCUAGAACCAUUGAAAAGAAAAAAACAAGAACAAAGUUGCAUGUUGAAGCAGAGCCCCAGUUGAAGCCUAGAAGACUCAUAAUCAUUGUGACUCCAACAAGCACAAAGCUACCCCACCAAGCAGUGUUUUUGAGAAGGUUGGCAAAUACUAUAAAGCUCGUUCCUCAACCUUUGUUAUGGAUUGUGGUGGAGGCUAAAACCAAUUCCACUGAAUUGCCAGAGAUACUAAGGAAGACUGGCAUCAUGUAUAGGCAUGUGGUUUUCAAGGAAAACUUCACAGAAUUAGAAGCUGAACUGAAUCACCAGAGACAUCUUGCUCUUAAGCACAUUGCGCACCACAGGCUCAAUGGCAUUGUACACUUCGCUGGCCUUUCCAAUAUUUAUGAUCUCCAAUUCUUCCACCAGCUUAGGGAUAUUGAGGUCUUUGGAACGUGGCCAACUGCAUUGCUAGCUGCAAACAGAAAGAAAGUGAAAAUCGAAGGACCUGUAUGCGAUUCGUCACAAGUCAUUGGUUGGCAUCUAAGGAAUAUGAACAACGAAACUGAUACAAUCACUCCCCCUAUUCAUAUUUCAAGUUUUGCAUUCAAUAGCUCCAUCCUUUGGGACCCUGAGAGAUGGGGUCGCACUUCCUCUGUUCAAGACACUUCUCAGAAUUCAAUCAAGUUCGUGAAGCAAGUAGUGCUAGAAGACGAGGCUAAAUUAAAGGGAAUUCCACCCGAGGGCUGCUCCAAAAUCUUGCUCUGGCGUUUCAAUUUUCGUGCCCGAACCACUUCAAAACAAUAAUUUCUAGAGUUUAGUCCAAGGCAAAGGGGAAACACAGAAAAUAAUAACGAGUGUUGAAGCACUAUAGAAAUUGGCAGCACAGGAAUUAUUUUCCUACUACUAUAUAGAAUUUUUUGAUUUUUUUUCUCUUUUGCAAAUUUACCCGUAUGUUUAAUUGUUUAUAGGUUUGUUGAUUCUUCCUUUUUUCGAAUUUUUGUUAGCUUAUGUAAGUGAGAGGGUCUUCUGCUAAGAAGCAAAAAGAUUUAAAGCACAUAUUAUAUGUUUCAGAAAA